AUGAUCCUUCGUAGGCUUAAACACUACAUUGAAUCAAAGUCUAUUCUUCCCAAUACACAAAUGGGGUUUAGACCGCACCGUUCAUGUGCCGAUAACUUGGUGGUACUCACUAAUUAUAUUAGAACUGCUUUUUCGCAGGGAGAGCUGACUAUCGCUGUCUUCCUGGAUAUUAAAGGGGCCUUUGAUAAUGUCAUCCCUGCUAUCUUGAUAAAUGAUUUGCUGCAAAUCGGCGUUCCGGCCACGCUUCGGCAAUUCAUUGCGCAUCUCAUCUCGGAAAGGGAGCUGUACUUUGUUUUGGACGGAGAAUUGGUUGGCCCCCGUUUGACUCGUACUGGUACCCCUCAGGGCUCCACCUUGAGCCCUUUACUCUUUGACAUAUAUCUUAGAGAUAUUAAUGAACACCUAAUGGAGGGUUGCCGCAUAUUGCAAUACGCAGACGACAUUGUUUUAUAUACAUCUGCCAAGACAGUUGCUGAAGCCGAGAAUUGCCUUCAGCCUUCACUGGAUGCGGUAAGUGCCUACUUGGAGGGAAGAGGUCUGGAACUCUCUCCUCAAAAAUCCACUGGUGUUAUUUUCACUGAAAAAAGAAUCUGGAGGAAAUCAGUGUUAAACCUAUCCAUAUAUGAUCAGCGUAUCGUGACCUCUCCUUCGGCUAAAUUCCUUGGAGUUACCUUGGAUAGUGGCCUCUCUGGCAAGGAACAACUGCACGCUCUUAUAUCUAGAGGCAACGCCACGGCAAAAAUUAUAUCUUCUCUGUCUGGUGUGUGGUGGGGGUCACAUCCCCGUGUUCUCAUCGCGGUGUAUCGCGCCCUUUUCAGGAGCGCCAUUGAGUAUGGUUCUCAGGUUUACGCGUAUGAAAGCCAAUCAACACUCUUCCAGCGGUUGAUGAGAAUCCAGUACAAAAUCAUUCGGCUGGCCUUGGGUUAUAGGAUCUCCACGCCCAUAAAUGUAUUGCUUUACGAGGCCAAGGAGUGUCCCCUUAAAUACAGAUUUAAUUUUCUUACCGCCUCGUUCUUAUUCAAAUGUUGGUCGGGCUCCAAUAACCUGGUCAAGGAGGGCAUUAAGGAUAUGGAAUGUGCUGCUGAUUCCGUCGUUAAGAAGAUCAAGAUGAUCAAAUCCUCCCCCUCCUUUAAUCGCUACGCGAUACAUCAUGAGGAGCUGCAGACUGUUUUCCAUUCUGAGACUUCUCCUGAAUUCACCUAUGAUUACGAAACUUUGAUUCAUGAGCCGCUAUGCAGGUUCGACAUGAGCCGGGUCGCAAAGGACUCUCCCAAGGAUAUUUUUGUUUUGGAAUUCAGACGCGGGACUGAAGAGCUCAUUGCUCAUGCGGACAUUUCAUUGUACACGGACGGUUCUAAGAUGGGUGAAAAUGGACCUGUUGGCGCUGCAUUCUACUCGCCUGAAGAGGAUUUUAGCUAUGCACGCAGAUUGCCUACAACCUUCUCUGUUUUCUCAGCCGAGGCCUGGGCUAUCAGGGAAGCCUUGAAGCAUGUCCUCGGUCAUGGGAUGAACUCUGCUAUCAUCUUUACUGACGCUAGAAGCGUUCUUGAGGCUAUUUCAUCUCAUCACUACGCUCAGCCCAACUACAUCAUCUACCAGAUAAAGUCGCUUCUUGCGACUUUGCUUAGAGGACGCAAGGUGAUUAUUUUCUUUUGGACUCCUUCACAUAAGGGAAUUAGGGGCAAUGAGAUCGCGGAUGGUUUGGCAAACUCAGUGGCAGGAAGUGGGAGCUCAAUGGAGUGCCUGCCUGUCCCGUUUACGGAUGCCAGAAAGUCUGCUAGGGAUCGUAUCAAGAGGAACUUUGAGGGCUGGCUGAAAGACGCCGCUAGAUAUAAAGGUAUCAAACAUGCGGAAUUGUAUCAGGACUCCUCUCUGCGACCGUGGUUUUACUCUAAAUCCCUGGAGCGUGAAGAAAUUGUACUCAUCAAUAGAAUCCGGAGUAACCAUUACAACUUGAACGAAAGUCUACAUCGCAAAGGCAUGACAGCGUCGGCGGCAUGUCAGUGUGGCCAUGAGUGCCAGGACAUUAAUCAUGUUAUCUUCGAUUGUCAGGAAACUCGCAAUAAAGCUGCAUAUCUCCUUAACUUCUUACAUUCUAAGUAUCCCCAAUUUACCCUUAAUAAUAUUUUCCUGCUUCUCAAAAAACCCUCGGUUGGCUUAUGCAGACGACUUUUGGCUUUCUUCAAAUCAUUGGACAUUAGACUGUAA